AUGUUCUCGAGACAGGCUGUUCGCACCCUCCGAGCGGCGGCUCCCGCUUCGCGCCUCGUUGCCCGCGCCCCGGCCGUCCGCACCUACGCCGCUGCCGCCGCGACCGAGGCCGUCAAGCCCCCCGUCGCCGUCUUUGGCCUCGACGGCACCUACGCCACUGCCCUGUACACCGCCGCCUCCAAGACCUCUUCCCUGGACCCCACGGCCAAGGCCCUGGCCACCCUCGACGCCAUCUUCGCCAAGGACCCCAAGUUGACCACCGUCCUCGCCGCGCCCACCCUGACCCCCGAGGACAAGUCCGCCAUCGUCGCCGAGCUCACCAAGCAGGCCGGUGCCGGCUCUCAGGAGACCGUCAAGAACUUCCUUGCCGCCCUCGCCGAGAACAACCGCCUCGGCCUCCUCCCCGGCAUUACCCAGAAGUUCGCCGAGAUCAUGAGCGCCGCCCGCGGCGAGGUUGAGCUCACUGUCACCAGCGCCACUCAACUCGACAACAAGACCCUCAACCGCCUCGAGAGCUCCAUCGCCAAGUCCUCCUACGUCGGCCAGGGCAAGAAGCUCAAGGUCACCAACAACGUCAACCCCGAUAUCGUCGGAGGCCUCAUUGUCGAGAUCGGCGACCGGACCAUCGACCUCAGCGUCUCUGGCAAGAUUGCCAAGCUCAACAAGCUUCUCACUGACACUUUGUAA